AUGCUACCCUCAAAAUUAAAACGCAAGCUAACAGAAGCUGAAGUUUUAAGUAAAAGUAAAGAGAAAGAUGAGGAAAGUGAUGAGAAUGAAGUUCAAAGUGACUACGAAUCUGAUCAGGAAAACUUCUUAAAAGAGAUUCAAGAGAAUGAUAAUUCUGACGAUGAAAGUGAGGAAGACGAAAAUGAACAUGAAUCAGAUUCAGCAGACGAUCUCAGCUUCGAAAGUUUUGAUGAAAAUGAAUCUGAGGAUGAAGAAAAUCUUGCAGCACUCAUCGAAGGCGAAAGCUCAGAAGAAUUUUCUGAACAUUCUGAAGAAGAAAAGGAAGAAAACGAAGAUGAAAUCGCGAAACAUGAAGAGGCAAAAAAGAUUGAGGAAUUGAGAGCUCAUCGAAAAAUUGAAAGAGCUGAACAAAAAGCAUUCAGUAAAAUGAUUAAAGAAAAUUUGCGACAAUCUGAUGAUGGAUUUUUAAAAUCUCGGGAAAGUGGAACAAAACAUGAAGAGCCUUCCACAAGUGAUGAUAAAAAGACGGUUGAUGAGUAUAAAGAGGAUGGCGACUCUUCAGACGAAGAGGAUAUAAGAAAUACUAUUGGAAACAUCCCACUUCAUUGGUACGACGAAUACAAACACAUUGGUUACGAUUGGGAUGGUAAAAAAAUCAUCAAACCCCCACAACGUGACCAAAUUGAUGAUUUUCUCAAGAAAAUGGAAGAUCCUGACUUCUGGCGAACUGUGAAAGAUCCUCAAACUGGCCAGGACGUUGUUCUUUCUGAAGAAGACAUUCAACUCAUCAAACGUGUUAUGAAGCAACGAAAUCCUGAUCAAAACUUUGAUGAAUAUGCACCGUGGAUUGAAUGGUUCACUUCACAAGUUGAAUCAAUGCCGAUUCGCAAUGUUCCAGACAGCAAGCAAUCGUUCUUACCUUCAAAAACCGAAAAGAAACAAGUUGGCCGAAUUGUGCAUUCACUUAAAAUGGGUUGGAUGAAAACACGAGCUGAACAAGCGAAAAUUGACAAAGAAAGGAAACAACCAAAAUUCUUUAUGUUAUGGGAAAGCGACACUGGACGUGAAAAAAUGCGUCGAAUUCACGAUCAUGUUGCUGCACCUAAACGUGCACUUCCUGGACAUGCUGAAUCUUAUAAUCCACCACCUGAAUAUCUUUUUAAUGAAGACGAGAAACGAGAAUGGGAUCGUUUGGCAGAACAACCAUACAAACGUAAACUUCACUUUAUUCCUCAGAAAUAUAAAUCACUGCGACAAGUCCCAUACUACGAACGUUACAUUCGUGAACGAUUCUUGCGUUGUCUCGAUCUUUAUUUAUGUCCAAGAGCGAAGAGAACAAAGGUGACAGUUCAACCUGAAGAUUUGAUUCCUAAACUUCCUUCGCCAAGAGAUUUACAACCAUUUCCGACAGUUGAAAGUAUGGUUUAUCGUGGUCACACUGAUUUAGUGCGUGCUUUAAGUAUAGAACCAAAAGGACAAUAUCUCGUGACAGGCAGCGAUGACAUGACAAUAAAGAUUUGGGAAAUUUCAACUGGUCGAUGUUUGAAGACAAUUAACACGAAUGGAGUCGUGAGAUCUGUCGCUUGGUGUCCAAAUCCAAAGUUAUCACUUAUUGCUGUGGCUUCUGAUAAACGUUGCCUCUUAAUUAAUCCUUAUGUCGGCGACAUUAAAUUAAUAUCAAAGAAAACUGACGACAUUUUAUCGGAAGCGCCAACGACAGAUCAGUUGGAUAAUGAGAAGAUUAAAGCAGCAGUUCAAUGGUCGACAGAUAUUUCUGAAAGUGAAUAUAAAGAUGGAGUUCGCAUUAUUAUUAAUCAUUUUCAAGAAAUUAAGCAAGUCACAUGGCAUGGACGUGGUGAUUAUUUCGCAACAGUUAUGCCGAGUGGUCUGAGUCGUUCUGUUGUGAUAAAUCAACUAUCAAAACGAAAAUCACAAACAGCUUUCUCAAAGCCUCACGGACUUGUCCAAUGCGUUCUCUUUCAUCCUGUCAAGCCUUGUUUGUUUGUUGCUACACAACAACAUGUUCGUAUUUAUGAUUUAGUGAAACAAGAGCUGAUCAAGAAGUUGAUGCCUUCAUGCAAGUGGAUAUCAAAAAUUGCGAUACAUCCCAAAGGUGACAAUUUAUUAGUGUCAUCGUAUGAUAAGAAGAUGAUGUGGUUUGAUCUUGAUUUAUCAACGAAACCUUACCAAACAUUGAAACUUCAUUCAUCAGCUGUUCGAAGUGUGGCAUAUCAUUCAAGAUAUCCUCUGUUUGCUAGUGGAAGUGAUGAUCGUGGUGUGAUUGUUUGUCAUGGAAUGGUUUACAAUGAUCUUCUGCAAAAUCCUCUUAUAGUUCCAUUGAAACGAUUGGAUUAUCAUGAAAAACACAAUGAGUAUGGAAUUUUUGAAGUUCUUUUCCAUUCUACACAGCCAUGGGCGGAGCGAAGUUUUAAAGUGAAACUUAAAAUGCAAGAUAAAGUCCCGAUAAAAAAUAUUUCCAACAUUAGCGUAUGGCUUCAAAACAAACUAGGCUCAAGCCAAAACGAUUUAUGGAUCAAUGGUGGCUCUUCCAUUUGUUCGCAACUUAACAAGGAAGUUCUUAGAAAUAUUAAAGAAGUGUUUACGGAUUUACAAACCCAAGUGAAGUUGAAGCUUCUUUUAAGCUUUUUUCACAUUCCACGAAGGCUUAUUGAUGAGUGGAAAACUGAAUUGGAUGAAAUCCUUGAAGUAGCAGCGCAAGAUCCUGAAUUGUGGGUGUCAAUGCUUUCCGAAUCAAUGAAAACAUUGCCAGCGUCUGGAUCUCUAAACACUGAAAUUAGUGAUUAUGAUCACAACGAUUCAAGACCCAUCUUCAACGAUAUGGUGAUUGAAUUAAAACGCUUAGUUAAUAAAACGAAUGAUCUGCGGAUGCUUCCACUGGAGUGUCAAUAUUUGAAUAAACAAGCUUUAACAACUUUAGUAGGAAAUCAACCUGCACCUACUCGACAUUUUGUUCUGAAACGAAAGCCCAAAAGUACGGUUCUUCGGACAGAAUUGAUGCAAAAAUCAGCUGAUGCUCAAUCAAGUCUCAAGAAGACAUCGGCUCCAACUGUGCCUUUAAGAUCUCGUGGAUUGCCUCGUAAAAUGACUGACACAACGCCCUUGAAAGGCAUCCCAUCACGUGUUCCAUCAUCAGGCGGUUUUAAAACUCCAACAACGACACAAUCAAAGACAUCAAUAAAUCGUGUAACACCAGCUGGUCGGAAAGAUGGUGGAGUUAAAUUCUUAGAAAUCGAAGAUCAACCUUUGGGAUAUGCGGCAGCAAAGAAGAGAAAACGACAACAAGAAUUGGAAGAACAGCAAAAGCGUGCUGCUGAAAAUGAACAAAAUGCUAAAGACUCAUCAACAGCCACUACCCCAACAACACCUACGACAACUCCUGAUUAUGCAGCUGGGUUAACUGCUCCAAUAGCCUACAGCCAACCAGCAACUCCCAUGCCUUCCACCACUGACAUAGCUAUUGUCAGUACAUCGCUUUUCACUUCCACCACGCAAUCAAUAACAACAUCAAGCGCCGAUAUUUCACCAAAUACUAUCGUUAGUAAGAAAGAAAAGAAAGAUGCAGGCCUCUUAUCACCAAAGCGAAUGAAAUUUGAAGACGAUAUCGAAGAGAUAAAAUCAUCACCGAAUAAACAUGAACUUCCAGUUAAAGAAUCUACAAAGAAAGAAACAAAAAUGAUAAAAGUUACACGAACAUUACCGACACUAGUCGCAAACGCUCCCAAAUCAAUUGUGUUGACAACACCAACAACAUCAACGAUAGGAUCGUCAUAUGUGACAAUUAAAGCGGUUUCAGCUCCAAAUAACAGUCAACCAACACUUUCACAUCUCAAUAUUCCAAGCAACACGAUUGUUCGUACCGUCCAAUAUGUUACGACACAAGCGCAACAAAAUUCGGGUGUUAAUGUGGUGUCAACCAAGUCACCGACAGCUGUCAUUCAAAAGCCAACAUUAAUUGCAAAAGCGAAUGCAUCUGGUAAGCCGACAAUAUUAUCGAAUAUUGUUUUGACGCCAAAUAUUCGUGCUACAGCACCACAAGCAUCAGCAGCAUCAGCUGGACAGACUUCAUAUGUUAUUAGUUCACCUAAUAACAAAAUUGUUCAACGUGUUGUGGUGUCGUCAGGACAAAAUAUAAACAUCCCAACACUUACGACGCGUACAGCACAACCGACAAUUAUCCAACCAAUUCAACAAGGAACGCCUACGAAAAUUGUUCAAAUUAAAACAACGCCGACAAUUCUUGGCAUGGGACAAAAUCAAAAUACAAUGCAAAACAUUCCACCUUUGAUAUCAACACAACAACCGACGUUGCUAAAUAUUCAAAAUAUACAAAAUCAAGGACGGAAAACGAUGACAUUUGCUGCUAAUCAACAACAGCAGCAGCAACAACAACCGCAACAAGCACAACAAUUCCAACAGCAAAAUCAACAACAACAGAAAGUUAAUCAAAUUCUUAUGCCUGGCGGUGUAGCAAUGAAAGGCAAAACAAUUAUUGUUUCAAAUCAAAAUCAGAACUUGAAUCUUGGACAGAGAAAUGUCAUUCUUCAAAGUGUUGGACCUGGUGGUAAUCCAAUUUACCAGCAAAUUCCAAUAACUUCAGGUGUUUUAAGAAACAUUGUUGAUCAAAAUCAACAAAAGACAACAAAUCAAAUUCCAGCUUUAGUUCCAACAAGUAAUUUAACUCAAAAUAUCCCCGGGUUGGUUAUAGCAAACACUUCGAAUCAACAACAACAACAAACAGUGCCACGUUUAAUAACAAAUCUCGCAACAAUACAAAAUUCGCAAGCAACUUCAAAUCAUGUACAAAUACGGCCAGUAAUUACUGGAGUUCCUCAAGGUGGACAAUUGACGCUUAUUCAACGACCUGGACAACAAGCGCAGCUUGUUCAAUCGACACAGAUUAUGCAGCCACAAACAAUGCAGAAAACGAUCAUUACGAGACCGCAGGUUGUUGUUCAACAGCAGCAACAACAAACUUCUCAACAGAAUCAACAAGCAGCAGCAGGUGGAACAACAAUCAAAAUUGCGACAACACCGGCAACGUCUGGUGGACCGAGACGUGGAUUAUCAUUAUCUUCGAAACAUGUCGCUGUUGCAAGUGAAAUGUUUAAGAAAGCAAAUCGUGUGUCACGUUUGGAUAAAGCUUUAAUUCUUGGAUUUAUGGCAGGAUAUCGUGACAAUCCAAGACCAAGUGCAGAUAAUGUCAUAACAAUUAAACUUUACGAUUCAAAGGAACAAGUGAAACAAACCGACAACUCAGUCGUUCUCAUGCAUGUCGAUACAUUUAUCAGACUCGAUUAUAAUACUGGAGAAUGGAAAACAUUUAGAACCUUCCGUAAGAUUACACAACAACAACAGCAACAAAGUGAAACUUCAACUCAACAACCGCAAAAUUCUACAGUCAUUUGAAAGGUGGUUAAGAAAGCAUAAAGCUGUUGCGACAUAAAUUGCUUGUCAUCUCCUAGAAGUUUCACAAUUUUAUUACUUAAUAUAAGUUUUUCUUUAGUUUUUUGAGAGAGUGAAUGGGAAAAGUUUCACGAAAUUGUUGAUGUUAUCGUAAAAAUAUGUUUAAGAAAAGAGAAAAUAUAUCAAGAGAAGUGUGGGAUGAUUAUGAGGAUGCUGAUGAAUGAGAUUGAUAUUCAAACUUUAGAUUUUCUUUCGUUAAUGAACUUAGUUUUGGGGAUUUUUUAAAGAGAUGAACAUUAAAAGUUUCAGUGGCAUUUCAAUAAUAUAUUUAAUUUUUCCAUCUGAUCAGCAUUCUUACAAUCUUUCAUCUCUGCACUUCUCGAUAACAUUCGACAAUAUGAUAACAGAAUGUCAAAUAGAAUUUGUUUUACUUCAAACUUUAAGUAGACACAUGAAAUAGUUUUGUGACGAUUGAAAAUCAACACUCUUGCUUUAGAAGUUUAAACUACAACUGUAAGGUGUGAACAGAAAAAAUGUGUGAAUGACGAUGAAUUAGAUGAAAUGAAACUUUUCUGUACUAAAAUAUUUGAAUCAAUCAAACACACACACACGAAAGAAGAAAAAAUUAUAUUCGCAAUAAGAGUUUAAAGAAAUAGCUUGAAUAAAUAAAGAAACAAAUAUUGAAGUUUGAACGAAAUAUCGCUUUUAUAAAUAAAAAAAGAGCAAAUAAAUAAAAUUUGGACAGUAGAUGAUUAAGUUUAGAAUAUGAUCAGUGUCGUCAUGCUUAGUGGAAGAAGUUCAAGAGUGCUGGAGAUGAAAUCGUUUGUCUACUCCGAGUACAAAAUAAAAAAAGAAAAAAAAUUAAAAGGUGUCGAAGCCUCUGUAAACAUUAAUAAAUAGUUGACUGUAGAUAAAAAAUAUAAAUAAAUCCAAUCUUAACAUCUAAAUAAUCAGAAGAGAAUUGUUUUU